AGCAGCGAGCCGCAACGCGGCCAAAUGUAACGGUGAGGUCGGUCUCCCAAGAGACGAAACCUCGAGGGGGAGGGGGAGGAGGAGAUGUAGAAGUAGAAUUAUCUAUUGGAGCAGUGGUAGAGAAGAAAGCGAUGCGCAAGCGCAAAUACACCAACUCAGAUACUGCUGAAAUGAGUGUCACAGUACCAGAGGACAGUUCCAACUUUAUCAUAUUGGAAGGCACCAGCACGAAGCGUUGUAGGAAGAACAAAAAAAGACUAAAAAAUAAAUUCUCGAACACCAAUUCUGCUACUUCUUUAUCUGGGACUUCUGAAAUGGUCUCGGUUCCCAAGGGUGAUGAAGUGUCUCAUCCGAGCAAUCAAGCAGCAUUGAUGGAGAAAGAAACUGAUGCUAUGACUGAUGCCUUUGCUGAUUCUAAAAUGGAGGAGGUGAUCCCGCAAACAGAUUUUAUGCACAAAGCAGGAAGGAGAAGAAGACGUAGGAGGAAGAAAAGGAAACCUGACAACUCCCAGAAUGUUGACACCAUCAAGAACAAUGUGAUGUCCAACAUUGAUGUGGAAGAUACUGAUUCUAAUGUGUGUGCUAAUCAAGCUUCACGAAAUAAAACCACAGUCGAUGUAUCCUUAAACUUAUUAAAGAAAGAAGGCACCAGUUCUAUCCACGGUAGGAAGGGUAGGAAAAAAGAAAGAAGCACAAGCUGUGCAUCAGAUAAACAAGUCUGCACAGCUGGACCUUGCACCUCUCAUCCGUUUGCUGCAUCUGUCAAUGCUAAUGGUUCUAGUAGGAUAUCUGCAUCAGAUGAAUGUAAAAAGAGAAAUAUGGAGGUGAAAUGUGACAUAAAUGCAGAAGCAGCUAGCAAAGAAAUAGCACAGAAUACUGGAAAUUUGUUGGAUUACCCUGGCGAGGGUCAGCAGUGCUAUACCGCUGCUGAAGAAGGAAGCUUGCAAUUGCUUCCUGCUGGCAUGAAGGAAGGGUUGAGUGUACCUCCAUCACCAAUUAGAGGUGUGAUAGAGAAACUAAGCUCUCCAAAUUUACCUAUGAAGCAACAUAAUCAGUUGGGUUCAUGUAAUGAAGAAUGUGCUAGUUUCUCAUUCCAAAUGGAUAAUAAAGUUUUCAUGGAUGACCCAUCAAUGAACCACUCUGUGGAGGCUAUCCAAUCAAGAACUCGAAUUGGAUCAGAGAGGGUGAAAUUGGCUACUGACGAAAACAAUGCUGCAGACUAUAAACAUAAACAUACUGAUGCAUCCACUGGUCAGGAGAAGGAGUUUGCUCGUUCAUCGAUGAGUAAUGUCUCAAAAGAUGUUGUCUUGUUGAUGGCAGAAACAUCGCUUCGUUCCAGGAAAAAGCUACUUGUCCUUGAUUUGAAUGGAUUACUUGCUGAUAUCACUACCGAGUAUCAUGGAGCACAUAUGAGAGUUGCAGGAAAAUCAGUUUUCAAAAGGCCCUUCUGUGAUGAUUUUCUGAAGUUCUGUUUUGAGAGAUUUCAUGUAGGUGUCUGGUCCUCAAGAAAAAGUGAUAAUGUCAGAAAGGUGGUUGAUUAUCUCAUGGGAGACUUGAAACAUAAAUUGUUGUUUUGUUGGGACCAAUCAAAAUGCACUGAUACUGGGUAUAGAACCAUUGAGAACAUGCAUAAGCCACUGGUUCUUAAGGAACUAAAGAAAUUGUGGAACAAAGAGGAUCAUGAUCUUCCAUGGGAAAAGGGAGAAUACUCACCAUCAAACACAUUGCUUGUAGAUGAUUCUCCUUAUAAAGCCAUUUGCAACCCUCCACACACAGCUAUUUUUCCGUAUCCAUAUAGAUUCACCGAAAAAAAAGACAACUCCUUAGGGCCAGGAGGAAAUCUUCGUGUUUAUUUGGAAGGGUUGGCAGUGUGUCAUGAUGUUCAACUCUAUGUUCAAGAUCAUCCUUUUGGUCAGAAAGCAAUAGCAGACAGUAAUCCAUCAUGGAAAUUCUACCUUAGGAUAAUUGAUCGAAUUCAACAAUCUUCAUCUCUAACCUCCUGAAGGGGAUGUCUCAUAAAUAUACUUCUUAUGCUAUAGCUUAGAGGGCCUACGAGUGAAACGAUUAUCUUGUUCUUAGACAAUGGUCCCAGGCUAUUUUGCUUAAAUGACAACUUGUCUACUUGAGAAUUCUUCAGGUAUUUUGACUUUCAUUUGUUGUUUUUUAAAAUAAUAGAAGCCAUUUUUUAGGCUGUUGUUUGAUUUGUCGGUUGAGAAAAUUGUAACAUUGUCCACACUGUUGUAAAAACACAGUACGCGGCCGCAAGAUUGUAUCAGAUUAUGCAGUGCUACAGUGUUGUUUCGAUACUGUUAACUCUGCAAGUAUCAUUUUGUGA